UGAAGCAUAAAACCUCCGGUGAAUUUCAGAGCUUAGGAAAAGGGAAGAGAUCUCGAAGUGGGAUAUCCAGGGCUCAGAUUACUAAUUUAUUACAAAGCCGCUAGAAGAGCGAUUGGCAGCAUAGAAGACCAAAUUGAGAAAGACCUCAGAAUUUUUAAAAUAAAUGGGAAAGAUCAGGUUUACUCUCCUGAAGACUACAUUUUUAACCUUGCUAGACCUCUUGAUCAACGAUACAGGGAAAUAAAGGAUCAAUGCAAAUGAUGAUUCGAUCCUAUUGACACCUCUAAGCUCACAUUUUGUGAAUUUUGAGGAAAAUAAUGUUUGCGGACGCAAAAAAGAUUGACUUCCCAAACGAAGAAGGUUCCCUCAAAAUCCAGAUCUCCGAGGCGAAUGUUGCAUAGUAUGUGACAGAAAAUUCUACAUCCACGAGCUAUUCUCAGAAUUUCGUGAGAAGCUUGAAAAUAUCAAGGAUGAAGAGAAAUCUAUCAAAGGCGUAAUCUUGUGCAAAGAAAAGAACAUCAAGAUGAUAGAUCGUGAAAUAGAAAAACUGAAUGACUUCACUGUCACAGAGAAAAAGCUACAGGACAAGAUCAAGUUGACUAGGUACAAAAUCGAUAAAAUGAACGAAGGACUCUCAAUAGUUGAAACUGAGCGUAAAGAAAUCGCUAAGGAAAAAGACAGAAUUAUUGAUGAAAUCUCCAAGACAGAAUCUGAUCGCAUCCGAUUGGAAAGAGAGAAAUGUGAGCUUGAAAGCCAGACUAUUGAGAUCAAUGAUAAGCUAGAAGAAACUGAGUAUAAGAUUAAGGAAAUGAAAGAGGUUCUUAGAACAGAUUAUAUCCGCCGUAAAUAAAGCUGAUAGCUUUGUCAAGAAGCAAAAGACAGACAUGAAUAUAAUUGAAACUAGUAGUAAAGGAGGAUGAUUUAACUUCUUUUCUUCCUGUAGAGGACCUCGUCCACAACAACCUGUUAUUACAGAAGAGGAGAAAAAAUCAGAAGUGGUUACCCAGGAUUGAUCAAGAAGAGAAAGUAAAGAGUUAGAAGAAUCUUCUCAAGGAUCAAUUCUAUAUCAAUAUGAGAGCGGCAGUUUUUUAUCUAAAGAAUUUUGAGAAGAUGAUCGUGAUAAUAUGAGCACUGAUUAUGAGCAAAAACCCAAGAAAAAGCGUCGUAGAAGACCCCAAUUAUAGGCUAAACCUACUAUAUUUUCAUUAAUAAAAUUAGGUAAA